AAAGAAGCCAGUGUGAGAAAGUGUGAGAUGUCACAAAUUUGAGGUUGUGUCGUGUGUUUUGUUUUGUUAUCAAAAAUUCAAAAUUGUUUUGAAGAAUGGCAUGUCUUAUACCAGGUUGUAGUACCAAGUAUUGGAACAAAAAUAACAAGUUGCAAAUGUUUACAGCCGAUGGGAUGGAGACAUUAAUGAAAUGGAAAGAAAUACUAAAAGACAAAUAUGGAAUUGAAAAUUUUAGCCCCAACGAUCGCAUUUGCAUUUUACACUUUGACGAAAGUGCGAUUGAGAGAACAUACAAAAAGUACUUUAAAGGUGGUUCAUUCGAAGAAAUGGAAAUGAAGAAACCUAAAUUAUGCUAUGGAGCUUGUCCAACAAUUUUUCCAAGUCAAAUUACAAAAGGAAAAGCAGAUUAUGCUGUAAAAAUUGUAGAUCAAGAAAUUUUAAAUGAACAAAGAAGAAUUUUUGCAGAAAGAAGAAAGGAGAAAUUAAUGAAAGAAAAGAGAAAACUUGAAAGUGAAUCUACUAUUCUGGAAGAAGCAAUAGUGAAAAAGAGAAUGAAAGUUAAUAAUCUCUAUAAAAAAGUCGUCAAGUGUAUUGUUAAUGGAAUUAAACCAUUUCGAAAUUCAAGAAAGUCUUGGAUUCCGUCAAUUGAUUCCGAAAAUUGUAUCGUUUGGUCUCUGUGGAACGAAGAUAGAUCCUGUUUGCUUAAGAAUAUAAUUCUUUAUCCAGAUUUAAAAGUAAAAGUGCUAAUAGAGUCAAAGGAAGUCAUUCUACCGGAAACAAAGAAUAUUAUUGAGAUUGAUGAUCUUGAUAAUUUGUUUAACAAAGUUGAACGCUUAACACGUUAUAGAAAAGUGAACGACAAUACUAUAAGUGGUCAAAAUUUUUCACAUUAUAGCCAUAAUGACUGCAGUAGCUUUGUUGUGCUAAGGCAAAGUCCUACGAAUCCUGAAGACCACGAACAACAUUAAAAUAAAAAUACUCGUUGAAACGAAAUGUACAAAUCUGAAAAUUUAUGAAUCCACGCAAAUGUAAAAAGAUGUAAAAGUAAAAGCGAAAUUUUAAAUUUCUUUUGUUUCAUCCAAUGUAUAUAUAAUAUUAAAAAAAAAUUGUCUAGCAUCAAAUUAUAUUUUUAUGCGUUUCUGGAACAUUAAAUCUUCAAAUAUUAAAUUAAUAUAAUUAUAAUUAUAAUUAAUAUAAUUUUGAAGUCUUAGUUUUCUUAAAUUUUUGUAAAAAAGUACAAUUUUAAAUACUUUAUACUUUUUUGUUUGUUAAGUAUUUAUUAAAAUCAUGUAGUUUAAUUUCAAGCUACUUCUAAGUUUAUAUAGUGUAAUAGAUACUUUGAAAAUAAAAAAAUAUUAAUGUA